ACAUCACGUAAAUACAUCUGCUUCCUUGUAGAAACAAUCAGAAGUUAGCAGUCGCUCACUUGAGAGUCACAGCGGCGUGCAGAGGGAACGUUUAUCUGAACGCGAUGGGGAAAAUAGAGUGGGCGAUGUGGGCCAACGAGCAGGCUCUGGCUUCGGGUCUCAUUCUCCUCACUGGAGGCAUUGUGGGGGUGGCUGGACAGUUCAGAGGCUGGCAGUUUGCUGCUUAUGCAGUUGCUGCUGGGGUGUUUGUGUGCCUGCUCGAAUACCCCAGGAGCAAGAGGAGCAAGGGCACGAGCGUGGAGAGACCGGGCCAGUACUGCUUCACAGUGUGUGUUAAGUCCUUCGGGCCGCUGACAAGGAACUACUAUGUCAGAGCAUUUUUACAUGCUGCUAUCUGUGUGCCUGGAGGUUUCAUGCUUGCCACCGUCCUGGGAUGUGUCUGCCUCGGCAUUGCCAGCAUUAUCUACUUUGUGGCAGCAAUCCGAGGUGAGCGCUGGGAGCCCAUUCUUCCAAGGAAGGAGACCCGGACACCAGUCGCAGAGAGCAUCAAGAAUCCCCCUCAGAAUCCACCACCGAGACCCCCUGCGGAGACUCGCAGGAAACGGGUGGAUGACCUGGAGGACGCAGCUUAUGACAACCCCAUCUCUGUCACCGACAACUAGUAGCCGGUCCACCGCCCCCGUCCUCCGUGUCCCUGCCUGCCUGACCUGUCACAACCAGUUACAAUGAGGCGUCACCAGACUCCGGACAAGUGAAGAGUUUUCUGAUGUUUAGUGAAGCGAGGGGCUGGAACACAUGUUGGGUCCACUCCUUCAUACCUCAACCUGCAGAGAAACAUUCUCAACAGGAGCUGAGAAUUAAAAAAGUCAGGGUUAAAGUGAAUGUUUUACUUUUGAAUAAAAAAGAAACAGGCCAUAAGAGAUUCAUGUAAAUACCGUUGCUGCUACAUGGCAACUAAAUACAGACACCAUCAGGUAAAAAGAUUGUAGGCGAUGUUUUGACUGCUGUUAAAAAAAGAGCAAAAGAAAUACUCAUCUUCUGCAUCAAACGCCAUACAGUAUGUGUUUUGAAUCCAUCUUGACCUGACUGUAUUGUGUUGCCAUGCAUAGAUCUUAUAUUAUACAGUUUUAUGUACAUACACUUUGUUAACCCCCUGUGUGUUUGUCACUGAUCACACAUGACUACAUAACAUCACAGCAUAUUGGCAUAUUUGUAUGCUUCUGAUAUUGGACAUUUAUUAUCAGGGUUUUUUUGUUCUGUACUUUGCUGUCUUGUAAAUAAAUCCCCUCUGCACCCUGAAUCACGA